AUGACAAAUAUUCCCUGCAAAUCCUCUGAUGACAGCUCCUCGUCUGAGGACUUCGAUCUUGACGCCUUUAUGAGCAAGAUCAGUGACACCCCAUUGGGUACCGGCAAACUUUUUCAUUCUAAGGCCAGACCGGAAUUAUCUGCCCUUCAAUACACCAAUUCUCCCUGGCGUAACGAACUCUAUCUCUGGAAAUGGAGCAACAUCUUUAGUCUAUCCCGCCAGCUCCUCCUAUUGUUAUCGACGUUGCCAUUGAUUGGGCUCUUGUGCAUGCCGAUCAUCAAUGCCUUUGCUACCGUUGGCCUGCUUGGCCUGGUUGGCUUUGCCGUCGCUGCGAACGCCUGGAUCGUGAAAAAGCAACCCACAAGUAUGGAGGACAGGCAACUUUAUGAAAUCACGAGAAAUGAGCUUCUUAAACCUGGUAUCACGAAGGUAGUGCUUAUUGCCCAUUCACAGGGGGGCAUUAUCGCCAGCCAGGUGAUUGACCACCUUCUUGCUACCGAAGAUGACACAUCCCUGGGCAAAUUGGAGGUGUACACGUUUGGGAGUGCGGCAAACCACUUUAACGGUAAGGAAAAGCUCCAUCACAUUGAGCACUUUGCCAAUAAAGGAGACUUUGUCGCACAGACAGGCGUCUUGGCUUAUAAGCCGCUGGACAGGAACCGCUAUGACGGCCAAUUGUACACCAACAACGCAACUGGACAUUUGCUGAACGCGCAUUACCUCCGGAGCACAUUCGCAAACGGGAAUGAAGCGGUGGGGUCUAGGUUGGCCUCUUACCUUGGUGGACACGUUUAG